AGUGUUCGAUAUGGGGCAGGUUGGGCAUUCAGCACACAUGUUUCUGGAACGGAAUUUUUUAAACACUUCACUUACUCAACGAAGGAUUGAAAGUUUAACCAUCCAGCCGGAAUACCCGUUACUGAUACUUUUCAUUAUCCUGCGCAGAUUUGUUUUAACUUCGGAUAUUUGGAACAUCGCAGUCCUGUGGUCAUCCUGAAAAUGACAUCAUCCACAAAACAGUACGUUAACCGGCUGGAUAGCAGGAUCCUAUUCGCCAACUAUGCCUUCAUCCUGGGCAUCCUCCAGAUUACGAUGGGGACGGCACUUCUUGCGAUAGACCUAACAGGUGCUCUAGGUUUCUUCAAAGUGCGCCGCGACGAGAAGCUGAUCACGUACGACAUCGCCUUCGGUGUGGUGUUCGACGUCUUCUUCAUCAUCUGCGGCACCUUCGGGAUCCUGUUGGCCCGCCCCUGCCGCAACGGCGAGACUGCUCCCUCGCGCCGCACCACCCUCACGCGUUCGGCGGUGAUCAACGCGCUGGCCGCGGCCGGGCACGUCUUCUUCCUGGCGCUGAACAUUUACAUCGUCAUCAUGUCCUGCCAGCAUGAACUGUACGUCAAGGUGCUGGUGCAGGGGUGUGUCCUGCUGGCGCUGCACGUCAUCGCGUUGCUCAUCACCGGGUUACAGCUGACCAUCAUCGGCAUGAAUCUGCGCAAUGUCGGCGCGGUCAUUCUGGUCAGGAGCGCCGAGACACCGGCCGUCUCAGCGUGACCUUUUCAACGCUGUUAUCCUGAAGUGACCUUUUCCUAAUCGUCUGACCGCGGUGGUUCACCCGCGUCCUGACCUAUGAUAAUAAUUAAACUCAAAAAGUGCAACUUACGUUUCUUUAAUUUUUCUCAAUUUUGAUCUGCUUUUUAUAAUGUCUUAUACAUAAACCAAAUUAAAAACAUAAUCAGUUACUUGCCAGCCAAUGAAUGUGUAAAAAUACUGUGCAUUUUGAUUUUGAUGUCCUGCUUACAGAAAUCAAUCUAUUGCUUUUAGUUUUGCUGUCUUAAAUUUUGUGCGAUUAUAUGGUGGUUUUCUGUGAACUUUGGGUGUGUUUUUCUUAUUGGAAAAAUAAAGCGUUCUGAUUGGA